UGCCUCUGAAGCCCUCCGGGGUUAGUUAACCGGAUGUUAGUAACAUCCGCAUUUCUCACCGAGCCCUACUCAAGAAAUCCACAGUUUCGUCCUGUUAUCUUCGCCCGAUUCGUUUAGUGUUCCUUGUCGUUUUCCGGACAAGGUUCCAUAAGCCGUACAAACGACAACCACCCAAUAAUCACCCCAAGCAUCAUAUACCUUUAAUAUUGUCCUCUAACAUGUCUCACUCACGAACCACGAGCGAUAUGAGCGACCUGAGCGAGACCAUCAGCGAACCUGAUUCCGUCAUCAGUUUCAACGAGAACGUGUAUUUGUCCAUGCAAAACGCUGAUAUAUCCACUGCGACCUAUGUGGAGCAGGCUCGACAAAUCCUAGACCAGCUAGUGACGAAGCAAAACAGGUGGAUCGAAACUCCACCACGCGUGAACAACGUGGACGCAUCCAGGGUUCUAGACGCGAUGCUGAGGAACGCUCGCCAAAGCGGUGGUGAAAAAUCCGAGCGUUAUACCGCCUGUGCUAUUUGCGCAUGUCCCGAGAUCUACGAGCAAGUCAACCUCGCGAGGACUUGGUUCAUGUAUCUGCUAUGGCCAUUCACAGCCGGAUCUCACCAGCCAUCAGACCUGAUUUCUGAUCAAACCACGCCGACUAUUGACGACACCUAUGGCAGCCUCGUAAGUGCCAAUCCGGAACGGCGUAGCGGAUUUAGGAGCGAUCCUAAUCGGCGAGACGGUUAUAGAUGCGUUGUUACCGGUAUGUGGGAUGGAGAACACAGGCCCGCCAGUAGCGAUCAGGCUUGGGUGACCUUGACAGGAGCACACAUCCUGAAACGGGCCGUCGGUGUUUUCACCCUGGAACGGCCGCAUACUGCGGCUGCGACGUGGAAUAUCAUUCGACAUUACUCAGGAAUGUCCAAAGAAACUAUUCAAGAUAUGGAAAGGCUUGUAGAUGAUCCUUCCAACGGCAUGAUGCUCCAAGGCGAUGUCCACACUGUUUUUGAUAAGCUAAAAGUAUACCUCGAACAGACGGAGCGAGAAAACGAGUAUGUAGUCAAGGAAGUUAGCAGCAGGCGGUGGAUACAUCGCGACAUUCUCGAUAGAACUAUCACCUUCCGGAAUCAUGCUGCCCCUACACGAGACAUACCGUUGCCUAACCCUCAUUUCAUCACCCUACACGCAGCCAUCUCUCGAAUUUUGCAUAUGAGCGGUGCAGCCGAGGUAUUUGCACAGAUCUUGGACCGAUAUGAUGGAGCAGCAGGAGGCAACGCCGGAAUUCUGAAAAGCAAUGGAAAUCCAGUACAUCAACUAUCUUCGAUGAUGUCUGCACUGUAUAUAAGCACCUCGUUGGAGUCCACUGCAUAGAGGUUGCAGUAUUGUCUGUAAUAUUGUUGGUGUAAGUUCAAUGAACGUAUCAUUGGACCUAAAACCAUGUACGGCAUGCGAGAUACAAAGAUGCAGCCUUGCAAGGAUAGUAUGUGCUAAGAUAUGUCUGUAUGUUGCGAAAGUCGAGCAGCCUGGAUCCGAUCAAACAAAGAACUUUGCUAGCACAA